AUGCAGAAUAAUUCACAACCUGUAGCACUUUUUAAUAAAGGAAUUAUAGGAAAUUGGCAAAAAGUUGGAGAUGAAAUGAAAAAUGUUGGAUGGCGCGUAAGAUAUAUUGAAGCUACUCAAGCAACUCCUGGAGACAUAACAUUUCCGAAGCUAAAUAUUACAUUUUUAUGUUUUAAUAAUGAACAAUGGAACUCUUGUAACUCUGAAAAUGACAAAAAAGAUAUUAUUCGAAACUUGGUUAAUCGAAUCAAAAAAGCAAAUCAACGCCAUAAGAAAGUGUUCUUGCUGGUUCAUAUUGAAAAUGAAAAUACUUUAAUAUUAUAUGAUAUUCAAACGAGACUUUUGAUGUGUAACAUUGCCAAUAGCAUCUUGCCUACUCACAAUCCAACAGAAGCAAUAUCUUUGAUGCGCAUAAUUUCUGAGGGAUUGUGUCAUGAUAACAAGUCUUAUGUUCAAGGUCUCGAAAAGGAACAAGUACAAGAAAUAAAUGAUCCUACCAAUUUAACAAGUACAAAUAAAUGGGUUCAUUUAGUAUCUCAAAUGUCAGCUGGAACAAAAAAACUUCGUUUGCAUGAUUGUUAUGUCUUGCAAGAAGAAUUUCAAACUUUUUUUAAUAUAUCGGCAGCUACGUUAUCUCAAUUAUUGGAUUGUUCACUAGAUACAGAAACCGCACAUAAU